AUGGAGAAGAAGAGAAGAAUAGGAUUUGAAUUCAUCAAUAAGAAUGAUAGAAAUCAUAGAAUCACGCUGCUGAUCCCAUUGAUAUGUUCUUUGCUUCUACUGUAUUCACCCCUUUUAGUUUCUUCAAGUGUUGAUUCUUCACCUCAGACGAAUCUCCAGGGAACAGGUGUUCCUGGUUCAAGUGUUCAAACACAAGAAGGCCCUCACGUGCAUGAAGUUCAUUGUUCCAGAGAAAGAAGUCGUGCAGCAUGGAGUGUUAUUCAGGAGUAUCUAAUGCCCUAUGUGGAGCGAGAAAAAUAUCAGCUUUCAAGCCAAUGUAAACUUCACCCGAAUAAUGAUCUAUUUAGAGAUCAGGAGGAGCAUAAGAUUCAUGUUGACAUACAUGAAUGGCGUUGCGGGUAUUGUAAGAAAAGCUUCCGUGCAGAAAACAAUCUUGAUCAGCAUUUUGACAACAGGCACUCCAAUCUGUUAAAAAGCAAUGGAAAAUGCUUGGCAGAUUUGUGUGGCGCAUUGCAUUGUGACCUUAUGAUGGAUACAAAAUCACGUAAAAGCAAAUGCAAUCCUGCAGCUGCUGCUAAGAACCGUCAUCUAUGUGAGAGUCUCGCAGACAGUUGUUUUCCUGUUAAUCAUAGUCCCUCAGCAUCUCGUCUUCAUGAUUUAUUUCUGCGCCAAUUUUGCGAUGCUCACACCUGUUCAAGAGGAAGUAAACCCUUUGCUAAAGGAGGCAGGAAGAAUACAAGUGUUUUCUACUUGGCAAUAUCCAUACUAACUCUGAUGCUGCUACCGAUAUUCUACACUCUGGUUUAUUUGUACCAAAGUCAAAUGCGAAGAGGAACCCAAGAACUUAAGCGAAUAUCGAAACUGGGACAUCAAAAGUCCAAGCCCUCUUAG